AUGACACAACCCAUUCCCAUCAAAUCAUUCUCAUCCAAGUCCUCUUCUUCAUCAUCCCUCCUCACAGAAUCUCUCCAAUUACCAUCCGAAUUACAAGACAACACACGAAAUGAUGAAUCCUCUUCCAUGCUCUCUUCUUCCUCUCUCAAACCUCAUUCCAUGAUGAUGAUCUCCUCCAACUCGAUGAAUCUCAUCAGACAUCAUCAUCAUACUCCUCAUAAUCCUCUUCUCAUGUCCUCUCAAGUCAUGAAAACAGUUCAAGACGCUGUCAAGGAUGAAAAGAUUAAAAAACUUCAAAGUGAAUUAUCGGAACGACAAGUUCUCAUUUCUCAAUUACAAACUCGUUUGGAUCAGUUGGAAGAAACUCUCUCGGAACAACACGUACAACAUGAAAAUGAAUUGGAAUGUCUCAAACAGAAAGUUUCCAAAGAGUUUGAAGAGAAGGAACAAGCACUCAAAGAAUCGCAUGAACACACAUUACAACAAUUGAAUUUGGAACGAAAGGAAGAAUUUGAAAAGACGGUUCAACAAUUGAUUGAACAGGAAUUUGUGUUGAAACAAGUUCAGAAUUUAUUGUCCGUUUCAGAUUCGAAAGAUGUGGUGCCUACCUUGUCGAAAUUUGUGAAAAAAUACAAAAAGGAAAAGGAAGCCAAUAAGGCACUCGAAGAACGAGGAAAACAAUUAUUGACAAGUUUGAAUGAGGUGGCACAGAAAUUUAAGGAAUUUCGUGAAAAGUCAGAAAAGGAAUUUGAAAAGAAGAAUCGUGAGAUUGAAGGUCAACAGAAAGAAAUUUUCACAUUGAGAAUGGAAUUGGCUGUGGUUCAACGUCAAUUAGAGUAUAAUAGGACUCAUAUUGGAGGACUGGAUACAGACACGGAUACAGAUGCCACCUCAUCGUUUGCACCAAGUUCACCCACUUCAAGCAUUACAUCGAGUCCAACAAGAUCACCAGUCAAAUCCUCGACACCAAAGAAGUUUUUGAUGGCAAAUAAGAAGACACCAACGUUGCAAUCACUUUCACCAGGUGGAGGUGCUUUGAGAGAUAUUACAAAUGUUGUCAUCAAUCAACAACAACAACACUAG